CAUUUGGGGGAUAUCUGUACUGUCCUGACAUUUGGGGGAUAUCUGUCCUGUUCUGACAUUUGGGGGGAUAUCUGUACUGUCCUGACAUUUGGGGGAUAUCUGUACUGUCCUGACAUUUGGGGG